UGUUCCUGCAGAUUGUCUAAUGCCAGACAUGUCUACUUGACAGGUUGCCGUCACUACGUUCGCGAGGACAUCUCUGCAACAAAUGCAUAAAGUAUAACCUUGGAGCGAGCUCCUGGACUUACACGACACAUACCACUCCCUACAGCUUACAACAUGUCUUUUGACAGAUCCUCUGAUUGGGGAGCACAGCUCCUCUACGCUUGUAAGCUUGACGUGAACACUCCCGAAGAUGAAGGCUAAUCAGCCAUUGUAGUCCCUCUCGAAGCGCACCAACAACCCUCAAUACCGGAUCCAUCAACUUGGGCGCAGCCACUGCACAGUGAUUUCCUCGGACAAGCCGUAUUCGAAAAUAUCAACGGAGGUUCCCGCCUACAGACAUGAGAUCAGGUAGCUUCGAUUCAUACCAGAAGCAAGCUACAGCCAACUCCACGAGCUAUCCACCUCAACGCCAGAAUCUACGAGCCCAAAGUUACUCCCAGCCAUCGGGAAGAGUCGCCAAAGCUCGCGCUUCUUUCUUGCCAAGACAGUCACAACCGUCAAAACGGACUCACACGUCGUCAAAGCAAGCUCCAGCACACAAGCCAAGGCGCCAAAGCGCGCCUCUUGGUCAAGUUUGUUACCAGCGUUGGGAUGAGUUCCUGAAGCAAAGUCGCCAAGGACGAGAGAAAGGGCUUGCGGCACAUACCUUCUCGGACGAGCGUAUACAUUGUCAGGACGUGGAUUCUUGGGCAAGCGAUAUCCAAUGGGGCUCAGACGGGAGAUUUCAGAACGCAAGCCCCCAGUCUCAAGCAUCCAGUGUUGACAGCCAGCUUGAGCUGGCUCGAUACAAAGAGCUGGUCGUCAGCAACGCAUUCCGGGUCGACCAAGCCGAAUCGAGCAUCGAGAUCCGAAUUCCGAGCAACAUUCUGCUCUCACAGCGCGAAGAUUUUGUCGAAUAUCAAAGGCCAAGAUCAACGGAUGGGCUUGAUGUAUCUUCUCAGAAAAGCCCCUACUCCAUGGACUCGGAAGACGGGUCUGUUGCCACACAAUCAGACCGCAAAAGUGUGAAACCCCACUCACAGAGAGUGCGGCCACCACGCAAGGCCAUGCCGGAGGAGAAGAGACGACAGAAUCACAUUCGCUCGGAACAACGGCGCAGGUCAAGGGUAGAAGAGCUAUACGUUGAUCUCCGUAGUCUUGUUCCUACUUUGAGCGAAGCACGCUAUACAAAGAGCACGACGCUGGAACUAACAGCAGAAUGGGUGAGGGAUCUGUCUCAAGGAAACGAUGCUUUGCGACAGCAACUUGCUAGGCUCCGAGGGGCAAAGGCUGAGUGAUCUACCUAGGUUAGUAGUUUCUAUGUUAAUUAGCUACAAAUAACAGCCAGAAUAAGGUCACUCAAGGUUGACACAUACUC